AUGGGAAAGGUAACACGCUAUGAAGACCUAAGAUAAUAAAUAAUAAAUCCAAUAGCAUGUACAGACAUGCAAAACAAAUGAUUCCAGUAGCUUUAUCUGGAUAUUGCAAUACACAUAGCGCUCCCAGAUAUGUCUGGACAUUACCAGGUUCUUAUUAGAGUCUUGCAUUCUUUUCAACAUAAUGCCAUGAUAAUAUAGCAGUUUAUUCACUACACUGGGACUUGUCAAGAAUUAAAUUUACACUUUGGAUAAUAAACCCCAUAGUACCUUCUGGUCUCUUAAGAGAAAUAUCAAGUACAAAAUAAAAAAAUGCAAAAAAUUACAAUAGAUUUUAAUAUUAAAAUAGUCGUAGUAAAAAAGAAAAAAAAAAGAAAGAUAAAGCCACUACAUCAUUUUCAAUUAGAAGUAAUAUUACAUAAUUCAUAUUUAUAUUAUUAUAUGAAAUAAUAAUAUUAAAAUGUAAAACAAGCACAACAAUUAUAAACAUUUGGAAAAUGUAAAAUAGGUAGAGAUAAGGAAAUAUAAAAAUAUCAUUCAAUUUGAACAAUAGUUAAUGUAUCAAACUGAUCCACGAAAAGCAUAUCUAAUAUUUACUUUCUAAGCAAUAUUUAUAUAUAGGGUAGUGGAUGCAUGGAAUGGCCUUCCAGCUGAAGUGGAAGAGGUUAACACAGUGAAGGAUUUUAAGCAUACGUGGGAUAGGCAUAAGGCUAUCCUAGCUAUAAGGUAAGGCCAGGGACUAAUGAGAGUAUUUAGAAAAUUGGGCAGACUAAAUGGGCCAAAUGGUUCUUAUCUGCCAUCAUAUAUUGUGUUUCUAUGUUUCUAUAUCUGGCAUGCUGUCAAACUGAGCUUAAACUAACUUUUGUUUCGAUUGCAGAUCAUUUUCUACGAGGACAGAAAGUUCCAGGGUCGUUCCUACGAGUGCAGCAAUGAUAAUCCAGAUCUGCAGUCUCACUUCAAUACCUGUAACUCUGUCCGUGUAGAGAAUGGCUGCUGGAUGCUCUACGAGCGCCCCAAUUAUACAGGGAACCAGUACUUCCUAAAGAGAGGGGAGUAUCCAGAUUACCAGCAAUGGCAAGGUCUCAAUGACUCCAUCAGGUCAUGUCGCUUGAUUCCAGAAGUGAGUGAUAUGGUUUUUUAUGUAACAGUCAUUGUAUUAUUAUACUUAUAUAUAAAAUGGAACAUACACAGUUUGCAUGCUUCUAAUCAUUUUUCAUCAAUAACCUCUUCAUAGCAUAUUAUACUAAGUCAAUUAAGUGCUACAUGCCUAUGUAUCAUUCUUUUUGAUGACUUACCCUAAGCUUCAUCAUCCUUCAAGAUGACCACUAGUAGUAAGUAUAUAAUGCCAACAUAUUCUACAACACUUCACAAUUACAGAAAGUAGAUAUCUGACAUACAGAGACAAGAGGCGACGAAGGCCCUGGUCAAAGAAACUUAAAAUUUAUGACGAUGAUAUUGUUAGGUGCCUUGCCCAGGGACACUUACUGGUAAGGUGUUCUGACCAGAAUUUGAGUGUGGAUUUCCUGGUUCAAAGGCAGUGAUGUUAUCUCUAACCAGGUGAUAUAAGAUGUAAGAUUUGUUGCAAAACAUCUCUACAGGGUUAUUCACUAAGCUCUGAAUGUUCAUGAAUGAAAUAUGAAUGGAAAUACUGAAGCAAAAAUAGUUGAUCUGGAAUAAUUCUCCAGCUAAGUCAUAGUCGCAACUUGGCUUUUUUUGACUCUGCUUUGCCAUUUGAAUAUAAUUUGCAAAACUUCUGAAUUUAGUGAAUAAGCUUGCCUCGAUACUAACUGUUCAUUUUGGGCCAGUCACAUGCCAGGUUCAUCACGAUAAAGUGAUAUUUGCCUGACUAGGCCCAGAAGGGGAUAAAUAUUAAUCAUGGGGAAUUGGGUGCGUAGUUUCAUUGGUGGUUGGUGGUUUUGUACAAUUAUAAUUUUGUAUUUUCAAAAGUUGUAAACCAUUAAUCUUCUUUAAAAUCACAAAUAAUUAGUGAGCCAAUAAAACAAUUAAUGAAGUUAAAUGGAGAAUAUUAAUAAUUAUAAUUAAGUAGUGCAUGUCAAUGUAUAUAUAUAUAUAAAUAAAUAAAUAAAUAAAUAAAUAAACAUAUAAAGAUAGCACAUCAGGGACUAAGAAGUGCACAGAGGAUCAAUGUUUCAGUUCUUCUUCAGUUCAGUGCCUACUUUCCUUUACGUAUAUUUCAAGAUAGGUAAAUAUACAGCCACACAAACACACACACAGUUUUAAAUGAGUGGAAAAAUAUGUAUAUAACAAAUGUGUCUGAGAAUUAAAUUAAUUAUGCAAGUUAAUAACUGAUCUCAGAGGGUAGCAAGUAAGUAUUUGAAAUAUAUUGAUAAAUUCAGAGGCAAAAAUCAUCAGUAGACUUAAGAGCACCUAAUUUUGAUUCUAAUAUGACAUUAAAAUCAAUGUAUUGUGUUAUGUUUGUAUAAAUUACAUUAGGUUUUUGAAUUUAUUUUCUUUCUUUCUUGUUUUCACAGCAUCUGGGAUCAAGUGCCCAUAAAAUAAAGGUUUAUGAACGAGAUGACUUCAAAGGAGAAAUGAUGGAGUUUUUGGAAGAUUGCCCUAAUGUUUACGAUCGUUUCUGCUCCCAUGAUAUUCAUUCUUGUAACGUACUUGAUGGUCACUGGAUCUUCUAUGAGCUUCCAAACUACAGGGGGAAGCAGUACCUCUUGAGACCUGGGGAAUAUAGAAGAUUCACUGACUGGGGCUCCCUGACCACCAAGGUUGGCUCCUUCAGACGUGUCCUGGAACCUUAUUAA